AUGGCGCUUAACGGAAGAACAGCUUCAGACGCUGUAAGGGCUCCAACGUUCGUGGAAACUCAGGGGCUAAGCACUAUCGACUACGCAUGGGUGAACCUACAGGGCUUAGAGUUUAUAAACGAUUUUAAAUUUCUGAAGAUUUUGACAACCCAAAAAUUUAAUAUCAUAGUGGAUGAAUCAACUGAUAUUUCAGCAGUGAAGUCUCUGUGUAUUUGUGUUAGUAAUAACUCUGUAGCACAAAAGUUUGAAGAAUCGUUGCCUGGCAUAACAUUACAAAAAUGUAUCUGUCACAGUUUACAUCUCGUCGCGAGUGAAGCUUGCGAAAAAAUCCCGCGCUACAUUGAAGAUUUUGCUCGUAAAGUCCACUCAUUUUUCAAGAAUUCAUCGAAAAGGAUUGCUCAAUAUCAAGAAUUUCAGGAACUUUGUGAUGCUAAAAUUCACAAAAUUUUACGACCUCAAAUUAUAAAUCCUGACGAUUUUCAGACUUAUCAAUUGAUUUAUGACCAGUGGCGAAAAUUACCGAUGAUGAAAUUGCCUGAUCAUCUCAAGAAUACAGAAUCUGACAAAUUUUGGGCAGAGUUGUCAUUAUCGAGAGACAUUGAUAAUACAAACUAAUUUCAAAAAUUGUGUAAAUUUGCACUUACUGUACUGUCACUUCCACAUUCAAGUGCAGCAUGCGAAAGAAUUUUUUCAAACACAAAUUCUAUUAAAACAAAAACGCGAAAUAAAUUGGUUUCAGCAACCGUCAACGGGC